AUGUUUAACUGGGUGGUGAAAGUGGUUCCUCAGCCCCCUGACGCCCCUGGCUCUCUGGGACAGGAGACAGCCAAUCCCCCACCUGCAUCACCAUCACUGCAGGAGGUACAAAGAGAGGACGAAAGGAAUGGGAUGAUUAAGUGGAUAGCAGAGGGACUGAGCAAAGUGGUGCCUCAGCCGGAUGACAAGUACAGAGAGGAUAUUCGAGAGGAGGAGGAGGAGGAGACAGAGGUUUAUAACAUGAAAGAUGUGCCAGACGCAGAGCCCCUCCCACACAUACCUGUGGUGGAGAUCUUUUCAGACGAUGAGGAAGAGGAUCGGGUACCACAGUUCCCCCUCAAAGUGGUUAACUGGAUUAAGAAUGUUAUUCCUCAGCCUGUGAUGCUCCCUGCAGGUUACGUAGAGGCCCAGAGUAAGGCCCAGAGCAAGAGGUCAUCUCUUGACAAAGUUUUGUCGCCACCUCCUGAGUCUCUCAAAGGUGACGAGGACUCACAAAACUCCAAUGUCGUGGGCUGGUUUGUGACGGGCCUCGGCCUCAAGAUGCCACAGCCUGUCGCGAGAUCAAGAGAUGACGUUGAAGUUGUGCAGAAUGUCUCUAAACAACCCAAAGCAGUGGACCUGGUUCUGGAGGAAGUAGUAGAAGCAGACUUGAAGGAUCUGAAUCAGGAAGUGCCAUCCAAGGCUAUGCAGUCAGAACCACCACAGCCUUUUAAGCCCGCACAGACGACACAGCCAACACAGACGACUCAGUCACAGCCAGCACAGCCAAAACAGCCAGUGAAACCAGAAGAGCCUGAACAGACUCUUCCAAAUGUGCCAGAGUCUACAACACCAUCGCUGGAGGAUGCUGAGACUCAGACGGGCAGGUGGACUCCCUUCAUAGAGAGCAUCAAGAGAGAAGCUGAGGGCGUAGCUAUGGCUACCAUGGAGGAACGGAUGACCCAGGAGCGCGUGGAUUUGGUGCGAAUGGCGGAGGAGGUGGCCAGACACACAGCUGAGACGGCCAUCAGGCAGAUGCAAGAGGCACAAUCAAUCAAGCUUUCCAUUCACAGCCAGGAAGCCAUUCUGGAAGAAGACGAGGACCCAGAGUUACACAUGCUACGGGAGGAGGAGAGUGAGGUGGAGCACACUAAGAAUAAGAUGACAGAGUGUCAGGUGUGUCCUGCUAAGGAGGAGCCAGUGGAUGCAGCAAAAAGUGCCGCUCAGUCAGAGCGUGACUCUGCAUCACCCGACGUUGAACCAGAGCCCCAGGAAGAGCUAAAGUCCCAGAGGGCCUCUCCAUCCCCUCCUCCCAGCCCAGAACCAGAUCCAGUCAAGACAGUAGAGCCUGACCCUAAACCAAAGGCCCAGGAUGCCAAAGUAGCACCUGAACCGGUGACCCAACAACCACAGAAAGCAGAGGGGGCAGAGGACGGAACCGCACCUGACACCACUACCAAGGAGGAGGGGGAGACUGCAGAGGAGGGUGGCUGUGGUGCGAGCUCCAGGCUCAGUGUGCACCCUGCUGUCAACGUGGAGGAUGUGGAUUCAGGCGGAGGGGGGCACCAUCGACACAUUCGCCAAAUCCUCACCCCCCAGGACCCCAACCUCAAGACCCUGACCGUACCGAGAGUGUCAAAAGCCAGCCGCCAGAGCAAAGUUGCUGAUAAAGAUCCCUCUUCUACCUCAUUCUGUUUCUCGGAUUUGCUUCAUCCGCCUCUCUUCCUCAACCAUCUCCCCAACCAUUGGCUCGGAUUUGCUUCAUCCGCCUCUCUUCCUCAACCAUCUCCCCAACCAUUGGCUCGGAUUUGCUUCAUCCGCCUCUCUUCCUCAACCAUCUCCCCAACCAUUGGCUCGGAUUUGCUUCAUCCGCCUCUCUUCCUCAACCAUCUCCAAAACCAUUGGCUCGGAUUUGCUUCAUCCGCCUCUCUUCCUCAACCAUCUCCCCAACCAUUGGAGUUAUUCCACACGCACAGCAACACACACACUCUCACUCUCACACACUCCUCUGUCCCUGUUGAUGGAACCAUGGGCUGGCCUAGUGAGAGGAAUCCCAGGAAGAUAAAGAACCUGCACUCUCAGAGUGAGGAUGAUGAUGAAGAGGAGACUGAGACCGCAGUGAGGGCGUGGCCUAGCCAGUCCAGCAUCCUCAGUGGAGACGAUGGGCCGAAGGAGCGGCCUGCGUCGUCCGCUAGCCAGGCCAGCUACGUGGUGAACGAGCGCCUACAGGAGCUGGUCAAGAUGUUUAAGGAGAGGACAGAGAGGGCCAAAGAGAAACUCAUAGACCCAGAUGACUCUGAUGAUGACAGUCCCACUGCCUCCCCUGUGAGAGCUCCAACACCUCCUCCUGCACCUCCAGAGGAGCCGGAGGAGGAAGCACAACCAGCUUCCCCUGAGAGGGAGAUGGAGGAGCAGCAAACCCAGUCUAGACUGUGCUGCAAGGUGACGCCUCCUCGCUGGAUCAGAGCCCUGCUUCACUACCGCUUCCCCUCUAGCAUCGACCCCUUCACCAAUCUGGUCUAUGUGCUGUGGCUAUUUUUCGUCACCUUGGCGUGGAACUGGAACGUGUGGCUGAUCCCGAUGCGCUGGGCCUUCCCCUACCAGACCCCUAGUAACAUCUACCUGUGGCUGCUAGCCGACUACCUGUGUGACCUCAUCUACAUCCUGGACAUCAUGGUCUUCCAGCCCCGCCUGCAGUUUGUCCGCGGUGGCGACAUAGUGUUUGACAAAAAGGACAUGCGAAAGAAUUACAUGAAAACUUUCCGGUUCAAGAUGGAUGUCGUCAGUCUUGUGCCACUGGAAUUGUUCUAUUUUAAAACUGGGAUCAACCCACUCCUCCGAUUCCCACGGCUACUAAAGGUAAUGUCUUUCUUCGAGUUCAACGACCGUCUUGAGGCCAUCCUGACCAAAGCCUAUGUUUACAGAGUGAUCCGGACCACCACCUACCUGCUGUACUGCCUCCACUGCAACGCCUGUCUGUUCUACUGGAUCUCUGCGUAUGAAGGUCUGGGAUCCACGAAGUGGGUCUAUGAUGGGAAGGGCAACAGUUACAUCCGCUGCUACUACUUUGCUGUGAAGACUCUGAUCACCAUUGGUGGACUGCCGGAGCCCACAACGCUCUUUGAAAUCAUCUUUCAGCUCAUCAACUACUUUGUAGGAGUGUUUGCCUUUUCCAUCAUGAUAGGGCAGAUGAGAGAUGUGGUUGGUGCAGCCACUUCCGGACAGACGUACUACAGAGCAUGCAUGGACAACACUGUCAAAUACAUGGCCUCCUACCGUAUCCCCAAAGACGUGCAAAACCGGGUCAAAACCUGGUACAACUACACCUGGCAGUCCCAGGGCAUGCUGGAUGAACAAGAGCUUCUGGUCCAGCUCCCAGACAAGAUGAGGCUGGACAUCGCUGUGGAUGUAAACUAUGACAUUGUCAGUAAAGUCUCUCUCUUCCAGGGUUGCGACAGACAGAUGAUCUUUGACAUGUUAAAGAGUCUGAGGUCUGUUGUUUACCUCCCCGGGGACUAUGUCUGCAAAAAGGGCGAGGUUGGACGGGAGAUGUACAUCAUCAAGGCCGGGGAGGUGCAGGUGGUGGGCGGGCCAGACGGGAAGACCGUGUUUGUCACACUGAAGUCGGGGUCAGUGUUUGGGGAAAUCAGCUUGCUUGCAGUGGGUGGAGGAAACAGGAGAACAGCCAACGUAGUGGCUCAUGGCUUCACCAACCUGUUCAUCCUGGACAAGAAGGACCUCAAUGAGAUUUUAGUGCAUUACCCCGAGUCUCAGAAGCUGCUCCGCAAGAAGGCAAGGAAUAUGCUGACAAAAGACAAGAAGCCUCAGGAGCCUCCGAAGGAGCCGGCCCAGGUGAUCCCUCCUCGGACAGAGACACCCAAGCUACUUAAAGCUGCUCUGGAGAUGGCUCGUCAGAAAACAGGCCUCAAAGGGACCCUUGCAAAGAUUAAGGAGAACACCAACAUAUCCAGUAUUUCGCUUCAGCCCUCAAUGUCCUCCUCCCUGAGCCCCCUGUCCCCAGUCUCUCCAGUCUCCAGUCUGGACCCAGAGCGCAAGUCUGGCAUCAUGUCCCCAACCUCGGACAGCUCCACGUUGCUCCGCCCCGCCUCCCAUUGUCACAGAGGUGAGACGCUGUCCAAGGAGCAGGACAACGUGGCAGAAGAAGAGGCAGGAGAGAGUGGGAAGCGGAAAGAAAAGAGAAAGCCAUGAGUUGACUCCAAAAGCUUUAAGAGCAGUCUUCAUGUGGAGAAAUGGAUGCAGUUGUUUAUCCCUCUAUACUCUGUUGCAGAGAGGGAGACCAGAGAGAAGAGCCAUGGGUCCUAAAGAUCAUCCAAUUAUGUCUCAGGAGUCACAGAGUCACAGUUCCCGUUCCGUUAUACCUAUAGACUCUUUUUUUUUUUUUUUUUUUUUUUUACCUCACUGACUGUCUUAUCCCCUUGACACUUAUGUAUAGGGCCUAGGCUACCUAAUUCCACAGGCAUGACGAAACGGGUGCUAAACUGAUGUCUUCGACAUUGCACUAUAUGUUUGUGUUUACAAUCCCAGGGGUAAAUGUACCAAUCAGCAAUAAUUGACACAGACAUCAUCUCGUUACGGAGAUAACAAAGCGGUCACACAUGGUAGAGCUGUAUGCGUGUGUGUGUGGGGGGAGUGUGUGUGUGUGUGUUGGUGGUGGGGGGGGGGGGUCUCUCCAGGUCUUCUGUUACGUCUGCUUUUGGAAACAAAUUCCUUCUCCUAAACCCUAGUUUUGUUAAUUUCCUAUUUAUUCAGCAAGGGGAGAUUUGUGAUUGGGAAAUACUAUAAAAAUGUUGGAAUGUGAGGAAAGAUUUUGCUGAUGUUUAUAAGAAAUGUUUACGUUUUGUAAAGAUGACCAGUUGUUUAUAGAGUUUUGUUCAAUGGAAUAUGUUAUUUUUGCCUUAUUUUUCAUGGCCCUUGAGGUAGUGUUUAGUGUUUCUGGGGUGAAUGGGUCAAAUAUGUAUAUAUUUUUUUUACUGAAAUGUUGAAACGUGUACAGGCCUAGAUUUAAAAAUGCAUACAAAUGUCAGCAUGUAAAUCUAAAUAUUGUUGUAUGUGCACAGGUAGCAGUGGAGCUAAUUAUUUAAUCAAGACUGGUAUGCUGUCAGUUCACCAUGCCAGACAAUCAAAUAUUUACUUUUUAAGCAGGGUAGCUAAUCAUUUCAUCAAGACUGGUAUGCUGUCAGUUCACCAUGCCAGACAAUCAAAUAUGUACUUUAGAGCCAACAGCUAUAGAUAACAAAUUCAUUUGGAAUUUAGCUGAAUAAAGGAUGACAACAGUUACAACAGCUUUUGACAUGAUGGGUAUGUUUAAAAUGACUGUUUAUCAUUUUUUUACUAACUUGACAGAUCAGAAUAAGACUCAUGUCCACAAUCUAUACAUGUACAUGAUAUGUUUUUAAGUUUGAUAUGAUAUUAUUAUUUCAUACUGUUAAUCAAAUGCUGUUUCAUAAGUUCUUGGCUUGUAAAUACAUUGUAAAUGGAAAAGCAAAGGGUGUGUAUUUUCCAUUAGUUUUCACAGGGAAAUACUUAGACCCUUGUGUGUUAGUUUUUCAGAAAUCAAUGCAAGGUUUUACAUAAUUAUAUAGAUCCUAUAUUCCCACUUGGAAUACAUAAGGUCUAAAAACCAGCUACCGAAACUGCCAGACAAUCUGUAGAUUGAAUGUGAAUAUUGUUAUCGUGUUGGUUGACUACGUUCUUUAUGUGUGUUUAAUGGUAUGUAUGGUGUAGGCCAGUGGUUCCCAACCUCUUUUAGUUACUGUACCACCAACUGAAUUUUGCUCUGCCUGGAGUGCCCCAUGUGCAUAUUACCAGUAGGCCUAUGGUCUCAUGAAUCUUCUCAAGUAACCCCUGUGGAUAGGCCAAGUACACCCAGAGGUCUUAGCACUGCUCAUUGGGAACCACUGGUGUAGAUGACAAAAGCUGGCCGCAUGCAACACAUGCUGAGAAAAAUAGCAUUUGUGUUCCACCACGCAGCAAAUCUGAAUGUGUUGAUAUCACCAUGAUGAAUGUUUGAUGUUUUUGUGGAUUCUUUUCCAAAUAAAUCAUUAUGUGAUUCAAAAUAAA